ACGACCUUUAUUGUGAAGCACAGUAAGCGGAAGCAGCUUGGGCUGUUGUGUGCAACCUGAUGCCGGGUCCGAGCCGGACGCUGAUGCGGAUCUUCAUCUCCAGACUUUUGGAAGUUGGGACUCUUUAAAGUUCCUUUAGUUGCGGCUGCUUGUUGACUCAUUGAAGGAACAUUCCCGAUGGCGCACAGGGUUGCCUUAAGGGCCCAACACCCUCGGUCCAUCUGGCUUACGGUGCUGCCGAUGCUCCUCACCGUCCUUUUGGUGGCAGUUUGGGCAGAGGGCCAGGACUACUAUGAAUUGCUGGGAGUCAGCAGGGAAGCGACGACCAAAGAGAUACGACGGGCCUUUAAGCAGCUGGCGCUCACCAUGCACCCUGACAAAAACCCUGGUGACCCCUCAGCCCACGAGAAGUUCCUGCAGGUCAAUCGUGCCUAUGAAGUUCUGAAGGAUGAAGACCUGAGAAAGAAAUAUGAUAAAUAUGGAGAAAAAGGACUGGACGAGCAGCAGGGCGGACGCUAUGAGAGCUGGAACUACUACAGAUAUGACUUUGGUAUAUAUGACGAUGAUUUGGAGAUCAUCACGCUGGACAGUGGAGACUUUGAAGCAGCAGUGAACUCUGGAGAAAUCUGGUUCAUCAACUUCUAUUUCCCACGAUGCUCCCACUGUCACCAGCUGGCUCCGACGUGGAGGGAUUUUGCCAAGGAGAUGGAUGGUGUGAUCAGGAUUGGAGCGGUGAACUGUGGAGACAACAAUCAUCUCUGCAGGAGGAAGGGCAUCAACAGCUACCCCAGUCUGUACAUAUACAGAUCAGGACAGAGACCAGAGAAAUUCAAUGGGGAGCGCAAUAGAGACAACCUGGUUCGCUUCUCCAUGCAGUUCAUCACUACAACCAUCACUCAGCUCUGGCAAGGUAACGUGUUCAGCGAGAUAGAGAGCGCGUUCUCGUCAGGGCUUGGCUGGCUGAUCACCUUCUGCUCUGACAGUGGAGAUUGCCUGGAGCCAAGAACGAGACAGAAGCUGGCAGGAAUGUUGGAUGGUCUGGUUAAGGUGGGAUGGAUGGACUGCACAGCAGAUGAACAGAUCUGUGCAAGUUUCCAGGUGACCAGUGGAGCAACUGCUUUAUUCCCACCUGGAAGUGCUUUGAAUAAACCAGACAGUGUACUUUGGCUGAAUACUCUGGACAGUAAAGAAAUUUAUAAUCAGGUCAUCAACCAUCUACCUGAUUUGGAACUUCUCACCAGCGACAGUUUCCAGAGUAAAUUGGCCCAUCAUCGCUGGUUAAUCAGUUUUACAUUUGGUAACAAAAACUCUGCCUCCAACGAGUACAAGAAGCUACAAGCUUUCCUCCGAAAUGACCACAUACAGGUUGGCAGAGUGGACUGUAUAGCGGACUCAGAGCUGUGUCAGUCUCUUUACAUUCAUAAACCCUGUAUGGCUGUCUUUAAAGGACUGGGAAUCCACGACUUUGAGAUCCACCAUGGCAAAGAUGUGUUGUACAAUAUUGUGGGUUUUGCGAGGGACAGCGUUCGAGCUUUUGUCACCACUCUGGGGCCGGACAACUUUCCUUCAGACAGAAAGGAGCCGUGGCUCGUCGACUUCUUCGCUCCGUGGUGCCCCCCGUGUCGAGCUUUACUGCCGGAACUGCGAAAAGCUUCAAUCCAGCUAGCUGGGCAGAUGAAGUUUGGCACUUUGGACUGUACCAUCCAUCACAACCUCUGUUCUAGAUAUAAUAUUCAGGCUUAUCCCACCACAGUGAUCUUUAAUGGUUCUUCUGUGCAUGAAUAUGAAGGCCAUCAUUCAGCUGAUGGCAUCCUGGAGUUUAUACAGGACCUGGUUAAUCCAUCUGUCCUGAUUUUGGAUCCUUCAAGCUUCACAGAGAAAAUUAAAGGUCGAGAUGAAGGACAGAUCUGGGCAGUAGAUUUCUACGCUCCCUGGUGUGGUCCCUGUCAGGCUCUGAUGCCUGAAUGGAGACGCAUGGCCCGGCUGCUUUCAGGUCAGAUCCUGGUCGGUUCGGUUGACUGUCAGCGCUUUCAGUCGUUCUGUCAGAGCCAGAGUGUGAGAGCAUACCCAGAAAUCCGCCUGUACCCUGGAAACAGCCGGCAGCCAGAUCGCUAUACGAGUUAUAAUGGUUGGCACAGAGAUGCCCAUUCACUGAGAACAUGGGCACUGAGUUUUUUACCCAGAGCCUCUGUGGACCUUACUCCAGAGACCUUCAGAUCUCUGGUUCUGUCAGGUCGGGAUCACUGGGUCCUGGACUUUUAUGCCCCCUGGUGCGGACCCUGUCAACACUUUGCCCCGGAGUUUGACGUCCUAGCUCGGAUGCUUAAAGGCGAGGUCCGGGCAGGGAAGGUUGACUGUCAGGCUCAUUAUCAGACCUGUCAGUUAGCUGGAAUCACCGCCUACCCAACUGUCAGAUUUUACCCAUACCUGGGAAAAAAGAGGCAUGAACAGAGUGGGGAGCAUAUCAAUAGCCGAGACGCUAACGUGAUCGCUGACACCGUCCGACAGUGGCUACAACAGCUGUUGCCACGGUUACACAAUAAGCCAAAGGAUGAGCUGUGAUGGAAGCGGGCGGUACUGUGAGGAAGAUGAGCCACCUGAUUGGUCAGGUAGAGACAGAAGUGAAUUUGAUUGGCCCAGCAAGAUGAUCAAUCGGUCAACACUCCUUUAUAGAAGCUACAGCUGGAACACUGGGACCGACUGUUACCUGCUGUGCUGAAUGUACUGAACACUUCUGCCUUGUUUAUGUUUGGUUUAUAAUUGUCUCCAUUGUUUCUAUUUACUCUAUGAAGUAAAACUUUGGGACACUGUGUAUUGAUCAUGUUACUGACACAUACACACACACUCGCUGAUCCAAAUGUUGACAUAGUGUUGUAUUUUAUUGCUCAUGUAAAAACUGUUUGAGAAUAAAACGGUUCGUUUCUGUUA